GCCCCGGGCCCCGCCCCUCCCCUCCCGACCCCACCCAUCCCCACCUCCUGCCGCAAUCUUGGCGGGAAGACGCCGGCAGCUAAACUGCGGAAAGAUGUUUGGACCGCUCGCGGAGGCCGAGGAGAAGGCAGGCUCCAGACAGCGGCUGCAGGUGAAUGAAUAUAAGGAAAACCAAAACAUCGCCUAUGUAUCUCUGAGACCGGUACAAACUACAGUUUUAGGAAAAACAGCUAAGGUGUAUCUUGUCCCCUUUUCACUCAGUAACUACAAGCCGGACCAACUUACGCGCCCCAAAUCCCUAUUAGAUAAGAAUUCCAACAAUGAAGUGGCAUGUAAGAAAUGUAAGAAGGCUGAAAUAGAGAAAACUUGCAGAAAGAUUCUAACUCCAAAGAUGGAAGCCACAUCUUCCAAGGCAGAAUCCACUUUGCAAAAAUCAUCCUUAGAUGUUUAUGCUGAAAGUAACAAGUGGCAAUGCAAGAGCACUUCAGAUACAGUGAUUCUCAGUGCUGAUGCAGAAAGCAGUCAGGAUGGAGACAGUGAUGAAGAUACCACACCAGGCCUGGAUGAUUUUUCAGGAUUGUCACCAUAUGAAAGGAAGCGACUGAAGAACAUAUCAGAAAAUGCAAACUUUUUUGCUUCUCUUCAGUUAUCUGAGUCAGCUGCACGGCUCCGUGAAAUGAUCAAGAAGAGGCAGCCUUCUGAAUCCAAAAGAAAGAAGCCUAAGAAGAAAGAAAAUGGGACUGGAUGUAGAAGGUCAAUGCGAUUACUAAAAGUUGAUCCUUCAGGAGUUCCAUUACCAGCAACUCCAACCCAGCCAAUAUUAGUAGCUGAUGAAAAUCCUUUGUUACCUCCUGGGCCUUUAGAAAUGACUCCUGAAAAUCGAGAUAUUAACAGUGAAAUAUUUAAAGGAUUUCUACAGACUUGGGCAGAAGUGAGCAAGACAGGUAGUAAAAACAAUGAGAAGGAGUUAUCUAGCAUUAAAAGCUACAAAGCCAAUUUAAAUGGCAUGGUCAUUAGUGAAGAUACUGUUUGUAAAGUUACCAAAGGCUCAAUAUCCUCAAUGGCUCUUCAUCCAUCAGAAAUUAAAACUUUGGUGGCAGCUGGGGCCAAAUCUGGGCAAGUUGGACUUUGGGAUUUGACUCACCAACCUAAAGAAGAUGGAAUUUAUGUUUUUCAGCCCCAUAGUCAACCAGUUAGCUGUCUUUACUUCUCACCGGCCAAUCCAGCUCACAUACUGUCACUGAGCUAUGAUGGCACAGUACGCUGUGGAGAUUUUUCCAGGGCUAUUUUUGACGAGGUGUACAGAGAUGAAGGAAGUAGCUUUUCCUCUUUUGACUUCUUGGCAGAAGAUGCCUCUACUUUAAUAGUAGGUCACUGGGAUGGAAGUAUGUCUCUAGUGGAUAGACGGACGCCUGGAACUUCUUACGAGAAACUUAUCAAUUCUUCUUUGAGCAAAAUAAGAACUGUUCAUGUCCACCCAGUGCAUAGACAGUAUUUUAUCACUGCGGGAUUAAGGGAUAUUCAUAUUUAUGAUGCAAGGCGCCUGAAUCCCAGUAGAAGCCAGCCUUUGAUCUCUUUGACUGAACACACAAAAAGCAUUGCUUCUGCCUAUUUUUCACCUCUUACUGGUAACAGAGUAGUAACCACAUGUGCGGAUUGUAAGCUAAGAAUCUUUGACAGCAGCUGUAUAUCUUCAAAGAUUCCUCUUCUCACCACCAUCAGGCACAACACCAUCACUGGGCGAUGGUUGACCAGGUUCCAAGCUGUAUGGGACCCUAAACAAGAAGACUGUGUCAUAGUUGGCAGUAUGGCCCAUCCACGGCGAGUGGAAAUCUUCCAUGAGACAGGAAAGUCAGUGCAUUCUUUCCUUGGUGAAAGCCUUGCGUCUGUAUGUUCUAUCAAUGCUAUGCACCCAACUCGGUAUAUUUUGGCUGGAGGUAAUUCCAGUGGGAGGAUACAUGUUUUUAUGAAUUAAGUAAGCUGCAGUUACUUAAUUGGUUUGGCAACAGCAAUUUGUACAAAUUAAUCAUUGUCUGAGGAGCCCACUAAUUCAUAUGGCUAAGUCUGUUUACUUGGUAAUAUGUUCUGUUUAGCAACUAUAAAAUUGCUUAGUUAAUAAGAACCAUGAGCAGAAUGUACUUUUAGUAAGGGAGAAGCCUUAUAUGCUGCUUCUACAGGGUGGGGAGGGAAUUUGAGGGGAGUCUGUGAUGCUUCAGCACUUUUAAAUCAAGCAGAAUGUUGAAAAAUUCUAACAUUAUUAAUGAUAAAGCUUUGAGUGAUCAGUAUUAAAAGUUUUUGUGGUUUUGAUUCUAUAGUGAUAUAUAUAGAUUUGUGGUUUAUUUUAUAGUUUGGAGUGAAUAUUCAUUUAGACUCAUACACUGGAAGGGGUCCUGAAAGGUCAUCUAACUUGGUGAUUUUGAAACUUAAUUUUUUAAACUUUUCCCUCUGCCUUGAAAUUUAAUCUUACAUGAAAUCCCAGGAUAAUUGCUGAGAAGCUUUGGUUUACUUGGGCAGGGCCUGUGUCUAUGUGUGUUGACCCUUUCCCUUCUCUGUCAUCUACGUGGCUCUUGAGACACAGCCAAGGAGUCCCAGGGCCUGAAGGUGCGGGGUUUGGAUCUACCCGAUCCCUGUAAUCCAGUGCCAGAUUACCUUCAGACCAGUGUUUCCCCAAUUGUGGGUUGUAGUUAUCCAUCCACAUGAAAUCAAUUAACUGGCCAUGAGCAGGGUUUAAAAAAAUGAAAAGGAGAGAAAUAGUAAAGAAUAGAAAACAUAAUUAGAAUAAGUAUUCUUUUGUGAAACUUAGUUCCAUACGCAUACAUAUUUGUAGGUAUACAUGCGUAUGUAUAUUCUGAUGUAAAAUGUGUUUCUUUAUUACUGUGUACUUCGGGUCGCAGUUAAAGAAGUGAAAGCUUCCUCCCUUAGAAGGUUGCAGAGAGCCUUGUCCAUCUCUGUCUUUAAACUCUCCAGAGGAGAUUGCGUAGCCUGGGGAAGUGUUGUGAAAUAUCAUUUUUGUCAUUUCUUCAUAAAAUUUUUUUUUUCAGAAGCUAUGGCAAUUUGAAUGUGUCUGUUGCUGGAAGGGAAGCUACUAAAUCGGUGACUACUAUCACUCUGUGACAUUACCUAUCCAACUUUAUUUCAUUGUUCUUCAUUGUCAAAGUACUACUGAAAGGGUAUUGUAAAUAACUGCAGCAAUAUGUUUGAUUUCUAAGAGGAACUAUUAUCUUUUCAUAAUUAUAUAUCAUAGAAAUAAAGUGAUGUGUAUCA